AUAUUUUCUUCACAAUCCAAAGUCAGCUGCCUACUCUCUCUCUCUCUCUGGUUUUGUGUGCAUGGAGAACUGGGAUUUGCAAGCUGUGGUGAGAGGAUGCAAUACCACUGCCAAUAUUGAUGAAGCCAUGGAGAACUCUCAAAUACCAUAUUGCUUUGCUCCAUUAAGCAUUGAAGAAGAAGAUGACUUUUUCCAUGCUUUGCCUCAGCUGUUUGAAGCCACAGCAGCUUUAGAUGAAUUGGAGGAGCUUUACAAGCCAUUCUAUCCAGUUUUGCAACCCUCAGCCCCACCAGUCAUUCUUGCCUCCUCCAUGUCUGUUCCCCAAGAGGCCAUCACUGUAGAAGUACCGAAGAAGCUGAAGGAAUCAUCAACUGUCUGUAAAAAAAUUAGGAAGAAUCAGAGCAAAAGGGUGGUGAAAGAGGUGAGAGCAGAAGAGCUUUUUUCAGAUGUGUGGGCGUGGCGUAAAUAUGGGCAAAAACCCAUCAAGGGAUCGCCAUAUCCGAGGAGCUAUUACAGGUGCAGCAGCUCAAAAGGAUGCUCAGCAAGAAAACAAGUGGAAAGGAGCUGUUCCAAUCCUGAAACCUUCAUCAUAACCUACACUGCAGAACACAACCAUGUCCAUCCGACUCGUCGAAACUCUCUUGCCGGAAGCACUAGAUCCAAGUUCCCAUCAUCUAAAAACAAAGACAAGUGUAAAAGUUCUUUGAAUUCUCCAGCCACGACCAAUUUGGCGGCUUCCAUUGAAGAAGAUCAUGAUGUGCAAAGCGCAAGUACUAGUACUGUAAAAGAGGAGGCACAAUUGUUGUUGGAAGAGGAUGAAAUUAGUCAUGAAAAUGUCAUGUUGGAUGUGAUGUUGAGUGAUGAAAUUAUCCCAAGCUUAGAGGAUUUGGAUAGAGAGUUGGAACCAGUUAUGGAUGGUUGGUUUUUGGAUCAAUUUUCGGAUAAUUUUCCAAGUCCUUGGUUCAAUAUUGGUCACUCUAAUACUGUAACAGGUGCUUGCUGAUUCACCAAGAAGUCAUACCAAAGAAGAGAAGCAACAUUUGAUUGUAUAUCAGCAAUUUGUAUCAUCUGUUCUCUUCCUAGUCCAUUCAAUUUUUCUUUUUCUUUUUUAGGUCCAGCUUCAUAGAUACUACGAUAAUUUCAGAAAUCGAACAGAAGAUGCGAGCUGCAAGUCAGCAAAUUUGAUGAGUUCAAAUUAAGUUAGCCGAUUUAAAAUAAUUUAUAAAGAUGAAUUUGUAACUAAUCUCAAUAAUUAUGUGUAUUAUUAUUAUAUGUGGGCAUGGAUAGGAUGACACCAUCUCUCAUUUUCAAUAAUAUAAUUGCUGUGAAGGAUGCACCAUCAA